CUGGAAGGAGCUGUCUGAAGACGAGCAGCCUAGUGAUCAACAGCGAGGUGCAGAGGCCAUCUCUCCUGGCAGCUGCAGUUCCAGCUGAUACUCCUCCCAGGAUAGCACUGAGGAAAGUUCAAACAAAAAGGAUUGUUGCACAAGCACCAACAACCGUCUUUUCCUCACAAGGUGGUUCAGGGAAUUGUUCCUCUACAUCUGAUCCUCAAACUAGUCAUCAGCCAAGACAAGGCAUGUCAAUCAUAGACCAACCGUCACCUCCAAAUGUUGUGGUAAUUCCUGGCCAACAGACUCCGGUGUCUAGUCACACGGUGUGCCGUAUGGCCCCUCGCCCACCCACCAUUCAGGACCGUCCCGUUGUGAUUGGGGGUAAAACAGAAAGACCCAACCGCAUCAGCAAUCCGGUGUCAUUACCGGCAGGCCACAAAACUUCUCAAGAAACACCAGCGCAAAGUUUACGUUUCUAUAGGCCACGAAAACCUAUUCUUACAGCAAUACAGCAGCCACACCACCACCACCAACAACAGCAGCAGCAGCAGCAGCCUAAUCAACAACAACAACAGCAGAACCAUCAACAUCAGCAGCAAAACCAACAGCAACAACAGCACUACCACCAGCAACAACACCAGCACCACCACCAACAGCAGCAGCAGCAGAACCACCAACAGCAGCAGCAGCAAAACCAACAACAACAACAGCAGCAGCACCAACAACAACAACAACCACCACACCUGCAGCAAUUGCAAAUGCAGCAGCACCAGCACCACCAACAACAACACCAGCAAUUGCAACAUCAGCAACAACAAACACACCUGCAGCAACCACAACAAACAUCACAGGGGAUACAGGUGUCUGUACCAUCAUACCAUCAACAUGUUCAGGGAAGGCAGCAGCUUCUAAAUCAGAAAAGUCAGUACCAGCAGCAGCAGUUCAGGCAAAAUCAACAGCAACAACCACAGAAUCAGCAGCAACAUCAGCAACCACUAAAUCAACAGCCACAGCAGCGACCACAUAAUCAACAGCCACAGGUUUCAUUCCAGCCUUCUAGCAAUACUCAGUUUGCACCAGAGGUUCACAAUGCUCAAGCAGCAUACAUCCGGCAGUAUCAGCAAGUGCAAGGACAGCCUCCAAGUAUUUCUACAACAGUGAAAGGAGGAGCUGCAUCAGGUGCUUGCAGUGCACCAGGGAAGAGCAGUGGUGGUGACAGCUGGACCAAUGCCCAAGUUGUACCAAAUAUCCCUAUGGCUACCCACAUUGCUACCUCAGCCACAAAUAGAAUUGUAGUAUCUUCCCCCCAAAAUAUUAAUUCAUCAGUAUUAAUCAACACUGGCAAUGAUAAAGCAACGUACGCAAUCAGUGUUCGACCCAUGAACUCCUCGGGUAAUCUGAUUAAGUAUGUUCAUCAGGUCCAACCACUUGCUCCAGAAACAGGGGAGAAAACUGGUGGCCUUCCCCUCCAACCUGUCUCUAAUUUCACAGUACCAAGUAACACUAGUAGGCUGAUAUCUGUCCAGUCUACUCAGACUUCUUCAUUAAAUAAUGCAAGUAUAAAUCAACCAACGAGUGGCCCAUCACCAGCGUCUGCACCUAAUAUAAUUGGACUAGAGGAACCUGGUGAGCCAAUAUGCAAAAUGUGUGGAAUGACCGGCAUCUUCACAUGUUGCAGUGAUGUCAUAUAUUGCAGCACAAAUUGUCAGGGAAAUGACUGGAUCAACCAUGAGAAGAACUGCACCAAUACCUCUAUACCUGAUACAUCCUAAAAUUAAUAUAUAUUAUCUUAUUCAGUGGCCUCGCAUCCAACAUGGGAAUUUGUUCAGAGAUCACAUUACGUUAGUCAAAAUCAGCAUUGGGUGAGCAAAAGAACCUCCGAGAAAAAUUCAUAUUGCCAGAGAAUUUCUGAAAACUAUGCUCAACCCUCAAUUUCUCGGACAACAUCCGGAGUCUGGCAUUUGUCAGAUGUAUGCUAAGUGGAGUCCGGGAACCAAAAUAGCAUCCAGGUAAAAAAUCUGUGGAUCGGCUAAGUCUGGCAGUUGCCUUAUGUAUGCCAAGUCAACUCCUGGGAUCCAAACAAAAGUCGGUAUACAGCAGACUCCUUCCUCCAGUCAAUGUCUGCAGCACUCUGGGUGGCCGCAUGUUGUUAUUGUGGUGGCGGUGAAUGGGUUCACAAAUUGGCUAAGCUCUCCCAGCAUGUGAAGUUCAGGUCCUUUCCAUGUGGGAAUAAGGAUUUCCACAUGUAUUCUUUUUCAGAGUUGUUGAACUCUUUUAAUUUUAUUUGAUGUUUGUGUAUUAGUACUUUACUCUCCUUGUCUGUGCCUUCAACGAAAUGUCCACAGCAGGUCCAAUUAGCUUCUUCUUUUGACAUACAUUCUUGUCUGUUUACACUCAUCAGCUGAGUGUGUACUUGUACUUAUGAUCAUUUUUAUUUUCAUUUAUAGAACAAAGCAUUUAUUAGUGUAAAGAAUUCACAUGAUAUGAUAUGGGUUAAUCCCUUCGUUACGGCCGGGCCAAAACAGCACCCCGCGCCGUAUCCGGGAUCGCCGCGCUCGCCAAAUUUCAAAUGCCGCUAUUGAAUAUAACAAGUUUUCAGCCAUAUACUCAACAUAAUCAUCAUGUAUUAUAUAUGAAAACAUGCAGAAUUAAAUGGUUCACAUAAAGAAACAUAAAUUAUUUGAUAAUUUUAAGAUGUAAUUUUUAUUUUAUUUUUUUAUUUAUUUUAUUUUUUUUUUUUUUUUACAUCGCGACCUAUAGCGCCAGUAGGCUUCUUCCCGGUGGGGCCUGAUGGUUGACCCAAGGCUUCUUCCCGGUGGGUCCUGAUGGUCGGCCCAGCCCGUUCUGGCGCAGGGGAGUGUUUAUAGUGGCGCCAUCUUGCAUUGGCUCAUGCUGCCCUCCAGGAGCUCAUCUUUAAUCCUAGAAUCUAGAGUACGGGUUGAUAGGUGGUCUUCUGGACAGCAUGUGGGUAGUUUUAAGCCACUCGGCGGCGGCUGAAAAAUCCCAGCUUGGUGGCACUGGGCGGGGAUUGAACUCGCAUCCUCCUGAACGCGGUGCUGUUACUCUGUCGAUUUGUAUAUUGGCUAAAGUGAGCCAGGACGCAGUAUGCGCGUCCUCGGAUAUGGUAUGGGGCAUGCAAGGACGCAGUAUACGCGUCCUCGUGUUGAAGGGGUUAAGCACCUAAAAUCGAAAGAGAAAACGGCAGACACUUUGUGACCAUCGCCAUUGGUGCGUCCUUUGUUGACAUGUAAUGCAUGUCUCCAAAUAGCUUGUUUUAGUUAAUCUCUUAGAUGUGCUGCCUAAAUGUGCUUGACAAAGUGUGGUAAAAGUCCAGGCCAGGUACUGAAUUUUGACAAUUGCCAGACUGAGUAUUGUAAACGUUUCUGAAUGGGCCGUGUCCCCAGACUAGCUAUUUCUGGUUCCUGGGCUCUGUGGAUCCUGAACCGGUGAUCCCCCCCAAAAAUGAUGCUUUGGACAUGAAAUUCCCUGGACAAUCACACUUUGGAUGCAAGGCCACUGGUUACUGAAGAAAUAUAUAUAUUUUUUUUAUAAAGCAAGCAUCUCAAUAAGAAAAUAACAAAAAAAAAAGAAAAGUCCACUCAGCUCUGUUGAAUAAUACAGAGUAGACUCAUCAGUAUAGGAGCAGAUAGGAUAGUUUGUUGGAAAGAUUGUUUAUGAAUAGUAGGGAGUGGGAGGUAGAAGAGCCCUACCUGACACCUCUGUUGAUAGAUCUAGGGGUAGAACAGUGAACGUCUACCACAGCAGAGAUAGAUCAGGCUAAAAGGAAACUGGAGGUAAGAGAGUUGAGAGAGAGGGAUAGUGUCUGUAGGAGGAUAGUUUUGAAAGCAAAGAUUUGUCACACUGUCGUAAACUUAUGAGAUGUCUAAGGCACCAGCAAAAGUUUCACCGAGAUGGCUCAGAGAGGAUGACCAGGAGUUGAUUAGGGAGGCAAGAUCUGUAGAGAGUCCCUUGCAGAAUACAUACUGGUGAUAAGAAAGGUCAGAAAUUAAUAAUGUUUAAGAACUUAUGAUCCUUUAAUUUCUGCCUGGAAGCAUGCUAAAUCUAUUCUUCAAGUCACCAAAAAUCUUUUCACACAUAGAAAAUGCUACAACCUUGCUUUCUCUUCUUCCAGAGACUUUUAGCAUUUAGCUAAGAAUUUCUCAAACAAUUUUACUUCAUCUUUCCCAUCUCUCCUUAGUCCUAACAGCUGCCCAGCUGUCACUUUUGUCUCUAAAGCUGAACUCUUCACCCAAAUUUUCUCAGAAAAUUCUACUCUUGUCAUUCUAAAGCUUUUGAUUCCAGGCAGAAAUGUAAAGGUCAUGAUUAGCAAGAGAAUUGUUUUGUUUUAGUUAGGCAAAGUAUGGUUUUGUAAAUUGUAGAUUUUUUGUACAUUUCAAUGCUUAUCUAGUACGUAAUAACAAGUUUUGUACAAGAUAUUAUUUUAACAUAAAUGAUAAUGCAAA